CUCUUUUCAUUUGCUAUUUAAUUGAGAGAAUAGGAAAAUGAUGUAAAAAUAUUACUUAAAAACAAAUAAUCUUUCCAAAUUAUGAAUAAUAAUUAGAUAGGUAAUAAAAUAGUUAAUUUCAAAAUCUAAGGUUUCUAAAAUUUGAGUCAUAGUAAAAUAUUAUUUGAAUAAAGAAUGAUUAGUCUCGGUAAUUAAAAUAAGGAGUUAGAAUUAAAUAAAGUAGUUAAUAAAAAUGCAUCAUUUUUUGAUGAGAAUCAUUUGAAGCAAGAUCAGAGAGAAGAAGAUGAGGUGAUGAAAAUAGAAGAAAAUACUUAGGUUAUAAGAAAUUUCUAAGACAUUAAUAAUAGAAAAAACAAUAGACAGGUUUAAACAGAAUUAAAAGAUAGGAUAUAUUCUCUUUUCUUAAUUAAGAUCAUGGAUCUACAUAUCUUUGAUUAAGUGUUAUCUUUCUUGGACAUAGAUAAGCUUAAUUAAUUUGCUAAUAUGAGCAAUCAAAUUAGAAUUAGAGUUAAGAAAUAUUUUUUGUGCAAUACCUUUUAAAAGCAAAUAAAAUGUUUUGAAAAACAAAAAAAAACUGCACUUUAUGAAACCAUGCUAUUUCAUAUGAAAAAUAAGAUGAAAUUUUAUUAUCAAAGUGAAAAAUUUUAAGAGAAAGAGCUUUUAUAACUAAAUGUAUAGGAUCAUUUACUUCAAUUAACAAUUCUUUUUAAUGAUCUGAUUGAUCAAGGAGCUUAAAUUAAGGAUAUAAGUGAAGUAAUUCCUUAUGUAAAAUAAAGAGGAGUUAGAGAAAGCUUUUCGGAUGUGUUUAAUUUAGAAGAAUGUUCAUAUUCUUCGUAAGUCAACCAGAAAAACACAUUAGUAGAGCUUACUUAAAGCAAAAACUUAAGUUAAAAAUUAAAUUUGUUUCUAUCAAUUUUGUAGGAACAAAGAGCAAUUAGAACUGUCUUCAAAUUUGAUGAAGAUGAAAUUGGUGAAAGAGAAAUGAAAAGCUAAAUUAUUAGAUAUAUAAACUGGAAAGGAUUUGAAAGAGUAAGACCAAUAGUUGUCAAACGAAUUUAAGGUGAGAAAUUCAGGAAAGAAAAUAACAUUUAUGCGUUUUUAAAUAAGAAUAAUUUAAAUCGUAUUCUCCCAUUUUUAUCUGUAAAAGAAAUUAUUAGAUUUGCUUAAACAUCUAAAAAAAUUAAUUGGAUUAUUUCUUUAAAUAUCGAAAAUUAAUUACACCAAUUAAUAUAAAAAAAAUAAGAAAAGAUUUAAGAGUUAAACAUAGAUGAAUCUUUAAUUUAAUAAGCAGAGCAGUUUUCUAGCUAUCUUAUUUUAAACAAUAGAAUUUAAGAAUGCCUUUAGUUUGAAGUUGUCUUAAUCUCUAAUCUAUAAGCAAUUGUAUAAAUAUUGAAUUAUCUUACUGAUCAAAAUCAAAGCAUGAUCGAUCUUGGUCAAGCAUACGCUUGGGAGUACAUUUUAGAAUAAAGAGAAGCAGUUUAUAGUUAAUUUAUAUAAUAAUUUAUCCCUUAAACAAAUACAAAUGGAUAAGUAAAUUCUACAAGUUAAACUCAAGAUUAAAGCUAAAUUUAAGAAGAACCUGUUUCAUUCUAUUAUGAAAGUUAAGAAGAAUUUUCUAUUAUUACAUAAACACUAAAGAGUAUAAGAAAUCAACUAAGAGAUAAUUUAGAAAUAGAUCCAUCAUUUUAAACUUAUUUACAUGAAUAUUUUACAUUUUUCUAUCAAAUUAAUAAGUAAAUAAUUCUACUAACAAAAUUAUAUAAUAAAAAUACAAUCAUCCCUCCUAUCUAUGCAAACUCUAUUUUCGAUAAUUUAAUUCUAUCGUUUUGUUAUGAGUAUACUUAAAAUUAACAAGAGGAGUAAAAUGAAGGCGCUAAUGACUACCAAAAUCAAGUAUAAGAAGAAGAACAAUAAGAAUAAGAUGAAGAAGAGUAAGAAUAAGAUUAUGAAGAAUAAGAAGAUAAUUAGUCAUAAAUAGAAGAAGAAGAUGAUGAUGAUUAAUCAUAGCAAGUAAAUCAAGAUUAAUAGUUAGUAGAGGAAGAAGGAGACUAAUAACAAGAAGAUGAGGAAGGAAAUUAACAAUUAGAAGAAGAAAAAAAUUAACAAUUAGAAGAAGAAAUAUAAUAGGAACUAGACUAGAAGUUAGAUGUAGAAAAACAAGAUGAAACAUUUUAAGGUUUCAUGAGAAAUCAGUCUCAAUAAAAUAGCUAAAGCGCUAAUUAAUAGCACAUCUUAAAACCAGUAGGGAAGUAUUGGUUAAUAUUUGGAAUAAUUUUAGCAAUAGAUUUAGUAGCUAUAGUGUUACCUUUAGUUUCUCAUUUUAAAAUAGCUGCUAUUAAUAGUAAAAAUGAUCAUAUAAUGAGUUUAUAUGAUAAACCGCAAAUUAAGGACAUAAUUGUCAUAAAAGAAAGCGAAAAUCAACACGAUGAUUGCCCCUAAGAUUAUCAUGAUAUCUUUAAUUAUGAAUUUUAAGGUUAUAAGCCAUUUUAUUUAUGUAGACAAAAUGUGUUGCCUUAUAAAUAAGGUGAAACUUAUGUCGAUGAGAGAGAGCAAUGUCAAUUCUUUGAAGAUUAAAAACCCAAGAAAUUAAGUAUCCUAAAGUUAGGAAAUGAAAAUAUAAGAAUUUGUGGAAAGUAUAUGAAUAUAAACAUAUAAUAGAAAUAAUAAUGUGAUCAAAAUGAAGUAGUUUGUUCAUUCAUAUCAGAAUUUAACUCAUUCAUUUGCGCUAAUUCAGAGAAAGAUUGUCCAAUUAAUAAUAUUUAAAUGGAUGAAAUAUAAUCCGCUAAUGGAUCAUAUUAAUAAUAACUGUCACCUUAAAGGUAAGCUCCAAAUUAAUUACCUCUUUUAGGCUUCGAGAUUGUAGAAGGAGAAACAAAAUGUAUUAACAAAGAUGCGAGCAUGUUUUAAGAUCGUAAAUAUCACGAAAUUUUCAAAAGGAUGAAAUAUUCUAAUUAAUGCGAUAGAGAUUAUCUAUACAAUACUGUAUUUGAUAUGAGUGAACAUGAUUUUUAUGAGGCAAACGAUAUGAACUUUUUAAAUUAAAUCAAUGAUUUCAAUCCUACAAAUUAAUAUAAAUACACUUCUAUGAUUAUACAUUAAGUACCUUGGGAUCUUAAACAUAGAGAUUAAUAUGAAAGCUACAUUUAAUGGUGGAAUGAAGAUAUUAUUUAUCAAGAUAAUAUCUAAGUAUUCUUUUUGUUUUUGAAUUUAAUAACUGCAAUUCUUGUAGCUUUGCUAAGUUGGAUAUCCACUGAUAGAAUUGAAAAUUUCAAACUUGGGUUUAAGCUAUUCUAAAUAAUUGCUUUAUGGUUCUUUUUCAUCAAGAGUAUUUUGAAAUACAGGUAUCUAUUCUAAGACAUAACUUCUAAUGCUAAAAUCAGUAGCCCUUAAAUAAUUUCUGACGUCCUUAAAACUAAAUAAAUCUACUAUGAAUCUAUAGAUCUUUUAGAUACAAUCAUGAUCUCUUUUGUCACUACUUCUAUCAUGCUUUGUAUUAUGCAAAAGUGGUAUUUCAGAAAACAAACAAUACUAAAUUCUAAAGUAUCUAUACAGCAGUUAUAAACUUUCUAGCCAUUUUUCGAUGAUGAUUAAAUAUGAAUAAAGGAAAUUACUUUAGUAAUACUUCAAAUCUAAUAAUUAUAUGCCAAAAGAUAAAUACAAAUUUGAGAAUAUUAAUUAUAUGUCAAUAUGGUCAAGUAUUAUAUUUAUUUGACUUCAAAGUUUAAUUUUUCUUUGGAAAAACUAAGUAUUAAUUUUUAAUAUGCGUAAUUAAUUUCUUUUUUAUCAAAUAAAACAUUUAACAUUUUUUUGGAUUAAAAUAUAUUUAUUUAUUUUUUAUAA